AUGACAUCACCCCAAGGAUCGCUGCAGAACUGCAGGCCAGACGAACCUGGGAACUUCAUCGUCCGUCAGCAGAACCCGACGGGAUGCUGUUUCACUGUGCCUCCACUUAAAUGUAAAUUAAAGGCCAGAUACAAGCAGAGCCUGGACCCCACGGUGGACGAGGUGAAGAAACUGUGCACCUCACUGCGCCGCAACGCCAAGGAAGAGAGGGUGCUGUUCCACUACAACGGGCACGGCGUGCCCCGGCCCACCGUCAACGGGGAGAUCUGGGUCUUCAACAAGAACUACACUCAGUACAUCCCCCUCUCUGUCUACGACCUGCAGACCUGGAUGGGGACCCCCUCCAUCUUUGUGUACGACUGCUCCAACGCCGGCAUCAUCGUCAAGUCUUUCAAGCAGUUUGCCCUGCAGCGGGAGCAGGAGCUGGAGGUAGCUGCCAUCAACCCAAACCACCCCCUUGCUCAGGUGCCACUGCCACCCUCCAUGAAGAACUGCAUCCAGCUGGCAGCGUGUGACGCCAGCGAGCUCCUCCCCAUGAACUCCGACCUGCCGGCCGACCUCUUCACAUCCUGCCUGACCACGCCCAUCAAGAUCGCACUGCGCUGGUUCUGUAUGCAGAAGAGUGCCAAGCUGGUUCCCGGAGUGACGCUGGAUGUAAUUGAGAAGAUCCCUGGCCGGCUCAAUGACCGUCGCACUCCGCUAGGGGAGCUGAACUGGAUCUUCACGGCCAUCACCGACACCAUCGCCUGGAACGUGCUGCCCAGAGACCUGUUCCAGAAGCUGUUCCGCCAGGACCUGCUGGUUGCCAGUUUAUUCCGCAACUUCCUAUUGGCAGAGAGGAUAAUGAGGUCAUACAACUGCACGCCUGUGAGCAGCCCCCGCCUGCCCCCCACGUACAUGCACGCCAUGUGGCAGGCCUGGGAUCUGGCGGUGGACAUCUGCUUAUCUCAGCUUCCCACGAUAAUCGAGGAGGGAACGGCAUUCAGGCACAGCCCCUUCUUCGCGGAGCAGCUGACUGCCUUCCAGGUCUGGCUGACAAUGGGAGUGGAGAACCGCAACCCCCCGGAGCAGCUUCCCAUCGUGCUGCAGGUCCUCCUGAGUCAGGUGCACCGGCUCCGAGCGCUGGACCUGCUGGGUCGCUUCUUGGACCUGGGCCCGUGGGCCGUCAGUCUGGCUCUGUCUGUCGGGAUCUUCCCCUACGUCCUCAAACUCCUGCAGAGUUCAGCUCGGGAGCUGCGGCCACUGCUAGUGUUCAUCUGGGCCAAAAUCCUGGCCGUGGACAGCUCGUGCCAAGCUGAUCUUGUGAAGGACAACGGCCACAAGUACUUCCUGUCUGUCUUAGCGGACCCCUACAUGCCGGCAGAGCACAGGACCAUGGCAGCUUUCAUCUUGGCAGUGAUCGUGAACAGCUACAACACAGGGCAGGAGGCCUGUCUGCAGGGGAACCUCAUUGCAAUCUGCUUGGAGCAGCUCAAUGACCCUCAUCCUCUCCUGCGCCAGUGGAUAGCCAUCUGUCUGGGACGCAUCUGGCAGAACUUCGACUCUGCGCGCUGGUGCGGCGUGCGGGACAGCGCCCACGAGAAGCUCUACAGCCUGCUAUCAGACCCCAUUCCAGAGGUCCGCUGUGCCGCGGUCUUUGCCUUGGGCUCUUUCAUGGGGAACUCGGCUGAGCGGACAGACCACUCGACCACGAUCGACCACAAUGUGGCCAUGAUGCUGGCGCAGCUCCUCAACGACGGCAGCCCUGUAGUGCGCAAGGAGCUGGUGGUGGCGCUCAGUCACCUUGUGGUUCAGUACGAGAGCAACUUCUGCACCGUGGCUCUGCAGUUCAUGGAGGAGGAGAGGAACUAUGCUGUUCCCUCUCUUGCCAGCACAACAGAGGCUGGAAACCUGAACCCACUGAGGGACAGUCCUGCCAUCCCACGCCUUCGCUCUGUCAGCUCGUACGGGAACAUCCGGGCCGCCACGACGGUGCGCAACCUCAACAAGAGCCUGCAGAACCUGAACCUCAGCGAGGAGGGGGGCCCCAUCACUUUCUCUCCUGGGAACCUCAGCACCAGCAGCAGUGCGAGCAGCACACUGGGCAGCCCCGACAACGAUGAGUACAUCCUGUCCUUCGAGACCAUCGACAAGAUGAGGAGGGUCAGCUCCUACUCCUCGCUCAACUCGCUCAUCGGGGUGUCCUUUAACAGUGUUUACACUCAGAUCUGGAGGGUGCUGCUCCACCUGGCUGCUGACCCGUACCCCGAAGUGUAUGACCUGGCCAUGAAGGUGCUCAACAGCAUCGCGUACAAGGCCACCAUGAACGCUCGGCCCCAGAGGAUACUGGACUCCGGCUCCCUCACCCAGUCUGCCCCAGCCAGCCCCACCAGUAAGGGCAUCCACAUCCACCAGGUCGGAGGCUCGCCCCCGAUGCCAAGCACCAGCAGCUCCAGCCUGACCAACGAGGUCCCAAAGCCAGCAGGGAGAGAGCUUCCCUCGGCCCGGCCCCCCUACACUCCCACCCUGGGCGGUCAGGCGCCACACUCGCACCAGUUCACCAGGACGCGCAAAAUGUUCGACAAAGGUCCAGACCAGGGUGCCGAUGAUGGGGACGAGGGGGUGGGGCACCGGAACUUCAUCACCGCGGCGAUGCAGACCGGCCUCUGUGAUUGGAGCGCCAAGUACUUCGCACAGCCAGUCAUGAAGAUCCCGGAGGAGCACGAUGUGGAGAGCCACGUGAGAAAGGAGCGCGAGUGGAGAUUCCUGAGGAACGCCCUGGUGAGGCGGCAGAGCCAGUGCAUCACGCAGAGAGGUAUAACCCGUCUGGAUGACCAGAUCUUCAUCAACAGGAACCCCGGGGUCCCCUCAGUGGUCAAGUUCCACCCCUUCAACCCGUGCAUCGCUGUGGCAGACAAGGACAGCAUCUGUUUCUGGGACUGGGAGAAGGGAGAGAAGCUGGAUUAUUUCUACAAUGGGAACCCUCGCUACACCCGGAUCACUGCCAUGGAGUAUCUCAAUGGGCAUGACUGCUCUCUGCUGCUCACAGCUACAGAUGACGGGGCUCUCCGUGUCUGGAAAAACUUUGCAGAUCUGGAGAGGAACCCCGAGAUGGUCACGGCCUGGCAGGGUCUGUCCGACAUGCUGCCCACCACCAGAGGUCUGCCCCGAAGAGUUUCAAUCCAUCUUGACAGGAGUAAGCAGGGAGGCUCUGGCAUGGUGGUGGACUGGGAGCAGGAGGCGGGGCUGCUCAUAACGUCCGGAGAUGUCCGGGUCAUUCGAAUCUGGGACACAGACCGGGAGAUGAAGAUACAGGACAUCCCGACUGGUGCAGACAGCUGUGUGACCAGCCUGUCCUGCGACUCUCGGCGCUCCCUGAUCGCCGCGGGCCUGGGGGAUGGAUCUGUGCGCGUCUACGACAGGAGGAUGGGCCCCAACGAAUGCCGCGUGGUGACGUACCGCGAACACAGCGCCUGGGUGGUGAAGGUACACCUGCAGAAGCAGACUGAAGGGAACAUCGUCAGUGUCAGUGUGAAUGGAGACGUGCGCUUCUUCGAGCUUCGAAUGCCCGACUCUGUGAAUGUGCUGCAGACAGUGAAGGGGCUGACAGCACUGGACAUCCACCCACAAGCUAACCUGUUUGCCUGCGGCUCUAUGAACCAGUUCAUCGCUGUGUACAACUCCAGCGGAGAUGUCAUCAGCAACAUCAAAUACUACGACGGGUUCAUGGGACAGCGAAUCGGUGCCAUCAGCUGCCUGGCCUUCCAUCCGUACUGGCCCCACUUGGCAGUUGGCAGCAAUGACUACUACAUGUCCAUCUACUCUGCGGAGAAGAGGAUGAGAUAACGGCAGAAAGGACUCACCUCGGA